AUGGGUGGCAAGUGGCAAGUGGUUUUUCAAUCAAGAUACGCAUGGCCGCAUACCACAUUUGUGUAAUUGCCAAUGUGAGACGUCCUAAAGAAGGUGGCAUACGUCGCAGUAAAAGUUAACAACAACAACAUUUCUAAUCAGCACUCGACUAUUUAUUCGACUAGCUAGUGGCCACUUUCGGCGAAAGGCCGUAAAAUCACUCAAGUGGAUCGCCCAUAAAAAUGUCUAGAGCUGCGAAGAAUUUGGUUCACCAAAAUCUGUAAGGUUUGGCUCAGUUCAAUUCUAAACGGCGAGUGGAUUACGUGUGCGUAUGCGUGUUUGUUUUUUGAUUUGGAUUUGGGAUUCGGUGUGUGUAUUUAUCAGUGUGUCAAGUGUAAAUUGAAAAGGACUUCCGUGAAGAUGUGGUAUCAACAAAUGUUUGUAUUCGCCAUUUAUAUACUGAUUGCACAGACCAAGGCCGGCAGCGACAGUCGCUUUAAUGGAGGCACUUCCGGCCUGCUGGCAACACAGCAGCAACAUGAACAACAGCAGCUGCAGGAGUUGAACAAUGAACAGCAGCAGCAGCAUCAGCAACUCCAAGUGAAUCUCAAUGCCUGGCAGCCAUUGUCGGGCCACAACAAUUGGCUUAUCCUGCAGGCAACAGCAGCAACAUCAAUGCAACGACAACAGGAGCAGCAACAUCGACUUCCUGUCAAUUACUACGCCUACAACCAUCGCUAUAAUCCAAGGUCGACCUCCACAAAUGAUGUUGCCACUGUUGCCAACGGAAAUUACAAACAGGUGCGAGCAAAUCUAAACGAUAGUCCCAGCUACGUGCUAGCCAUAAGCCAGACGAUGCGUCGCGGUCUCGGGGUUGAGGAGGUGGCAAAUUCGAUUGAAAACAGACGACAAUUGCCUCCAACAGUUAUGAAGGAUGUCCAGGAAGUGGAUAUGCGUGGCACCCCGGAAGUGCGCGAUGGCAACAACUUUAAGGCUUUAACGAAUGGUGUUGAUGUUGUUGCUGAUGGCAGCGAAAAGCCUGCGGCAUCUGUACUUGAUAUUGACAACUAUUUGGCGCCCUUUGAGCAAGCUGUGCUCAAGGUGCGAAACUUUUGCGAUACUUUGCGAAGCCUCAUCAGCGUCGAUAGCGAUGUGGAAAGUGAAAACACGGAGGACGAGGAGGACGAGGAGAAUAAGGAAGAGCAAGAUGCUUCUAUAACUUCCAGCAAAUUGGAUGGCAGAGCGAGAGCAUCAAUUUCAGCAACAUCAAAGGAAGUUCAGGGACGCAACAGUCGUCUGGCCGCUACCUAUCAAGGUCGCAAACUUAAAAAGCUUAAAAAGAAAAUACAGAAAUUGCUGCUACCUCUGCUGUUUGCCUACAAACUGAAGUUUCUGACACUGAUACCAGUACUGAUUGGUGGUCUAACCCUCCUGGUUGGUACCACCGGCUUGGCUGGAUUCUUCUUUGCCCUGUUUACGGCAGUGAUGAGUCUGAAGACAUCAACAGGUGGUCAUGGCAGCAAAGCGAUUGUAUUAAAGAAAAUUUGAAAUCCAAACAGAUGCCGACGUUUACUUUGAGAUUUAGGAGGUAACAUGGCUUUGAUUGGCCCACUUUGGGUAAUAAACGAGUGAAUGGCGAUUGUAUUGAUAAGAAGUCGAGCCACCCAGUGAAAUUAAGUAAUAUCGACAAACAGAC